AGGGGAGAGGCCAGGCCCAGGGCGGUCCCUGUCUGUGCCGGGAGCGGGCCGGAGCCCGGCCGCCGGGCUGUGAAGCCGAGGGGCCCCGCCUCCCUCCUCUCUGCCGCCCGGGGCCCAGUGCCCUCUGUCGUGGAAUUGCCCACGCGCCUCUCUCUCGCCGUCCCGGCCUCCCUUGGGAGCUGCCCGCGGGCUCCAUCUGAUGGUCGGCACCCCCUGUCAGCUGACGGCGCCGAGCCGGAUGGAAGGGGCUGGCGCCCGGGGGGGCCCGCGGGGCUGAGGUCAGGCCCACGGGUCGUGAGCUCGGAGGCCGGCACGUCGGGCUCCUUGACCAUCGCGGUUCUGUGUUUCGGCAGCCGCGUGAGGCCCCGGGAGCUCCGGGAGAUGAAGUUCGGCUGCCUGUCGUUCCGGCAGCCUCACGCGGGUUUCGUCUUAAAUGGGGUGAAGACCCUGGAGACGCGGUGGCGGCCCGUGCUGAGCGGCCAGCGGCACCGCACCCUGGCCGUGCACAUCGCGCACCGGGACUGGGAGGACGCGGCCUGGAGGGAGCUGCUGGCCGAGAGGCUGGGGCUGAGCCCCGCGCAGAUCCAGGCCUUGCUGCGGGACGGGGAGAAGUUCGGCCGCGGAGUGAUAGCCGGCAAGUGACGAUCGCCUCCCGGGGCUGCCCCCCGGGGGCCCACCCGGGCCUUUGGCGCCUCGUUUUCUUUACAGCCGGGCGCUGUGGGGUUAGGGUUCGUUUUCCUGAGGCGCCUCGCCUUCGGAGGGGCCGGGCAGGUCCCCUCCCCGCCACUCUGGGUCUCAGCCGCCCUUUGUGCUCUGAGAGGCAGAGGCGGGCCCGGCUCUGCCCGCGGCGCUCGCCUCCGUGUGUGCACGUGUGCGCGCCCACGUGCACACGCGUGUGCGCGCGCGCGCCGCGGCAGAGCCCGCGGGAGGCAGCGCGGCUGCCGGAGCUGCGUGUGAGGGGGACCUGGGGAGUCGGGCUGCCCGCCCGGCUUCACGCGCCUGCCUCACCCCCGCUGCCCGCGGCAUCCUCAGGAAGUCCCCUAAACCCGCCCCCGGGGUCGGGGGGAGGUCCCGCAUCAACCGCCGGCCCCCGGCGAAUCGCUCAGGGACCUGAUUGCCCGUAGGCUC